AAGAACUACUUCGUACAGCAUUCUAUCACUCUUAUUCUAUACUAUGGAUCAUCCGCGCAAAAGUGCCCAACCGGCCGCGUCGACCAACCGUGUACCAACCGUCCGCUCGAGCCCCGUCAUCAAGCGUUCAAUCUCGUCUGCGACAGCCGGACUCCAAGAUCAGACUGGUUUGGGGUCUACCGGUCAAGCGCAGGAACCAAACAAACAGGCCCUCAACUAUAGCCUCCAGAUGAAGAACGCGCUCACAGAGCUCCUUAAUGACGCCCGAGCCAAGGGAAGCGAUCAGGGAAGCCGCUGCCUCCAGAAUAUCCUCAUGGAAAACGAGCGAGAAGUGAGGGAGAAUAGACGGAAAUCACUUAAUACUCGAGGCGCGAAAUGAGGACAUAUAUUGAUUAUCGCGGAAUGUCAUCCUACCUCUUUCCCGGGAAACAAAACAUUGGAAGUCUCCCGACCGUGUGCACGCAUGGGGUUCUACGACGAUCGUUAUGUCGCUUCGAGGCAUUGUAAUGAUGAGAGGGAGUUUUACAUGCGUCGUGAUGUGAGAAAUAUGAUAAUCCCUUAUUUUGUGGAGAGAUCAACCGGCCGACACAACGCCGAGGUGUUUCCAGAGCUGCAUAUGGCGUCAGAAUAUCAUAUUGGCAGUAUGUAUGUUCGGCCACUUCCACUAUCGUGACUUCGUGCUCUCGGUAGCGAAGCAUGUGUAUAGCUUCUGUCUUUGCGCCGGAUCUUUAAUUUACUAGCACACCCAUCUAAGACAUAUCAGUGGUAACGGGGCUGCUCUUCCAGCUCUUGUGCUUCGUUGUUGGUUCUAUUAGUGCCAAACAUCAGUAUAGAUACACACUGAGGUUCCUGGUAUAUGCGUUACUACUCUCAAUUUGGUAACUUACCAAAGAUUCAUUUCUCAUAUCAUCGUAUUCAAACACUGCCAAUCCCUUUCAUCAUCCAGUUGGAACAUCUCUGUGUGCCAUCAAUACGCCCGAGACAAAUGCCAACCAUGUUGUCGAGUCAUGCGAACGGGAGUUUUGGCUGCGGCUCG